CUGCUUCAGAGUGGAAGAGCAGCCUGACAGGGAAGUACCAUUCUCCAACCACAGGGGAACCCGUUUAGCUGAGCAUAGAAAAGCUGCAUUCAAGCUUCCUGCCUACCCCCCCUCUGCUUUUUCUGUCAGUGGACUGGCCUGAUGUGGAAGGGAGAGGUUGGAGGGGGUUCAGAAGAGGAGAGAGUGAGAACAGCAUUUUGGAAACCAGCUGAUCAGAGCUGGGGUAUUCUGCCACAUAGGUAGAGGGAAGAGGGAUCGUGACUAGAAAAAAGAGAAGACGAAGAAGAAGAAGAAGAAGAAGAAGAAGAAGAAGAAGAAGUCUUUGUGAUUUUUAAGACUGAGAAAAUACAAAUAGAAGAGCGGGAAAGAAAUGUCUCCCUCCUUUCAUGAGAGGCUGGGAACUCAUGUGAAGAGAGAAGCCCUGUGGAAAGAUGUGAGAGCUGUUGGCAGGGUGGAAAUCUGAGGAAGAAACACACAGAAAAGGAUCAGUCCAGCGCUGGAAAACAGCCCUUGCUGUCUGUGAUUCAACUGAGGGGUUGAGGAACCCCAGUGGAAAGAGAAGUGAUGUCUUGGCUGUCACCUGUGUCAUGGGCCAAAUGGACGUGGACGGCAGUGCGAGGGGGAGAGGGAGAAGAGGAGGAUGAAGAGGGGCAGGAGGCCAGCGAGGAGAGGGAGCAACGUGGAGAGAGACGGGAGGAAGAGGAGGAGGAGGAGGAGAGAUCUCAAGGCUGCAGCUCUGACUCAGAGGGUCAUUUUGACACUCCUGAAGCAGCAACUCCUGUCCGCGCCCCGCCGCCCAUCCCAGGAGCGCUGGAGAACAACAACACUGAUGCAGACAAAACAGACUUGGAUCAGGAGGAGCACCUGAUAGUGACUGCUCCUGCCAGGGAUCUGGAUAUUUUGCUCAGACACAACAUGGGUCAGGAUGAACCUGCUGUCCACAUGGGUGGCCCACUGGAAAUAAACAUGCAGACGCUAGACACAGAACAAGAAAAGAAUCUUCCAGAAGCUUUGGGCUCUGUGCCUGUCCCUGAUUCAUCCUCAAUGAAGGAAACCCCUGAAGUGGCUAAAUGCACAGCACCACCCUCUGAGCCAUCCCAAGCACCAGUCCCAAUCCUAGUCAGAGAUCCUGUCCCGGAUCUGGCUCCAGCUCCAGCUCCAGCUCCAGCUCCAGCUCCAGCUCCAGUUCCUGCUCUAACCCCAGAGCCAGACUCAGUACAGAGCAGUGAACCUGCACCAAUCCAAGCUCUGGAGCCCCCUGAGGAAAAACCUCUUGCAGUCUCAGAAUCAGAGUGCAAUGGUCUCCCCAACCAAACAGAACCUAUUCGAAAGACUAAAACCAGCAGCAAAUCUAAGCCUCCAUCUCUGAAAAUGAAGGCCUCGAUGAAUGAGCUUGCUCAAACAAAUGAGGAACAAGAACUUCCUGUUCCCAAGGCCACAUACAACUUUGACCCUGACCAGCUGGAUGUCGGUUUUAACCCCUUUACCAGCGGUGGAUCAAAAAUUCAAAACUCUCCUCCACCUUGCGGUUCAAACUCUCUACCCAGACUGGAGCCAAUUGGUUGCUCAUUUCCUGAUUCAGAGGCCAGCUCAGCAGCUCCAGCAGCUCCAGCAGAUGCAGAGGUGACAGAGUCUUCAUCAGAGGCGAAACCUGUGAUGCUGGAGUUCGGUCUGGACGAGGGGACGGUCAGCAAGCCACCUCCAAGGAAAUUAGGUGGAAAAAAGACAAUCAGCAAACUCGCAGCUAAAAAGCAGAGGCCCAAAGGAUCAGAGGCUUCCUGCAAACCUGCGCCAGAACCCACAGUGUCAGAACCAGUUUCUCAACCAGUACCAGAACCAGUUUCCCAAUCAAUAUCAGAACCUGUUUCAGAUCCUCUUCCAGAAAUUUCUUUGCCAGUUUCAGACUCUUCAGCACCUGUGAACCUUGACGAUGUUCCUAUUCCUAAGACAGGAACAUAUAACUUUGAUCCCAGUCAGUGGGAUGACCCGAACUUCAAUCCGUUUGGUAGCAAUAAUAAUAUGAGCAGCUCCCCAGUGCUCCCUAAAGGCAGCUACAGCUUCAACCCAGACAAUUUUGAUGACUCUGUGGACCCUUUUAAACCCUCCAAAAGCCUGAACACUGAGGACUCGUCCAGUAGCACCACUGAGCCUGAGAAAAAAGUAAAAGAUGGAGGCAAACAGAAAACAGGGCACCCGCCUAGUGAGAAGAAAGUGAGGCAGAUUGCCAAGAAAGGCAAAGAGAAGACAGCCACGACAUCUGAACAAGUCAAGCUUCUCUGUUUUCUGUUGAAUUCCUGUAAACUACAGAAAUAUGAUGAAAGCCAGUCCUUGGUGCUUGACGUGUGUAAUCAGGAGGAAGAUGGGGUGGUGGUUCAGACCCCAGAGAUCACUCAGCGGGUCCAUCACGCCACCGAUGAGGAGAAGUUGGCCUCCACUGGCAUCAUGGGUCAGACAACAGACAGCCAGGAGGAGAGAGGAGAACCUGAAUGCAAUAAAGCACCUGCAAAGAAACACCCAGUUGAUGAAAUAUCCAUUAGGGAUGGUCCUGAAGUCAAGGUUGCAGAUCACCAGGAGGAGAAGAACACAUGCAGUAUGAAAGAUGAUAUAUGUGAGAUAUCCACAAACCAAACAACAAAGGUAGACAGCAGUGAUGUCACGGACACAGCAACCCUGACCCAGGAAAACAUACCUCUGAGUGAGAUGGACAAGGCUGCAGUGCUCACUCUGAUCAGAGAAGAGAUUAUCACUAAAGAAAUCGAGGUCAAUGAGUGGAAGACAAAGUUCGAAGAAAGCAGAGCAGAGGUUUUUGAGAUGAGGAAAAUAGUUGCAGAAUAUGAGAAGACAGUUGCACAGAUGAUUGAGGAUGAACAGCAGCAGAAGACCCUGUCCUGCAGCAAGUCAGUCAGGCAGUUGACCCUAGAAAGGGAUCAGGCCCUGGCGGACCUCAACUCUGUGGAGCGCUCCUUCGCUGACCUCUUCAGGAGGUAUGAAAACAUGAAGGGAGUUCUGGAGGGCUUCAAGAAGAAUGAGGAGGUGCUGAAGAAGUGUGCGCAGGACUACCUAAUAAGGAUCAAGCAAGAGGAGCAACGAUACCAAACCCUCAAAGUGCAUGCUGAGGAGAAACUGGACAAAGCUAAUGAAGAGAUAGCCCAGGUACGUGCCAAGGCCAACGCCGAGGGUGUCGCACUUAAUGCCAGCCUGAGGAAGGAGCAGAUGAAGGUGGAGUCACUUGAAAGAGCUGUCCUUCAAAAGAAUCAAGAGAUCGAGGAGCUCACCAAGAUCUGCGAUGAACUGAUUGCCAAACUGGGAACUGAAUAAGAGGCCUUUAAUCGAACUCUCAUUGCAGCAUGUGAUGUAAAUUCUGUAUAUGAACACACUUCAGCACAUCUCAACUUUGUUUUUCUUUCUUUUCAAAAGUAUAUAAUAUUGAAAUACAGAUUGGUUGCACUUGCUCAUAUUGAUUUCAGACUGAAAUAUGAAACCAUAACAAUAAUGUCAUUGUGUAAAUCAAAAAGCACAAAGUUAUCAUGAGGGGUAUUUUCAUUCUUUUGAAGGAGAAGCAUUGUGAUGACAUUCCAGCCAUGAUUUUUUUUGGGAUCUCUAGUAAUGGAUUUAAAGGAUUAUUUUGAGGUUAAAUGAUUAAUCCAUUAUCAAACUAAGGGAAAGAAAAUGUGGACAUACAUAUUUUACCACAGCACGUCCACAGUGUACUACAUAUAGACAGAACGGACGAAUCACUUCAUGGAGUGCCUAAACUGAUCAUAGCAUAUUCAGCAUUUCCUUUGACAUGCAGACAGUUUAAUUCUGCUGAUUAUCCUCUUUCAUCCGCAAAUGAGCUGUAAGUAAUAUUACAGAGCAUUUCUUAAGUUGCCUUUUGCUUUGUUUGUCUUUCUUGUUUCACAGGGUGACAUAUGCAGUGUGUGAUGAAGUCCUCAGUUAUGCAGAUUUUGAAGUUAAAGCACAGCGUUUUGACAUCUUGUACAUUAUACCCUCAUACAUCUCUGGGAUUGUUAAUUAUGAAGAGCACUUAAGAGAAUCACACUUUACACACAGUUAUAUAGUAUCUUGAUGGGAGUUUGACAGUGAUGGGUGGAGGUGAAAGUUUAAAGCAGUAAAAACUUUUCUCUUAUUAUACUGCAAUAUUAAACUAUGUGCCAUGUUUCAUUUUCCUUCUCUCUGAGUAUGGAAAAAGGCACAUUCUUCCGCUGCCAUGUAGAUAUUUUUGGAUUGUAUUCAUAUUUUAUCUGUGAGCCCACGUGUUGCUGGUGUGCCUUUAUUUUGUCUAUGUAAAACAAAAAAAACGUUUUGGUUUUUUAGUUCCUCCAUGCAGUUGUUUGCUAACUCUGUUGCCAAAGUGUACUGUAUACAUUAUAUUUCUUGUACAAUGAAAAUAUCUUGAACAACAAAUAUCUUGAGUUAUAAUGGGUUUGCAGUUUUAAUGCUUUACCUACAGGAACAGAUCAGUGAGCAAUGUGUGCACAUGAUGAACAACAUUACUCUUUAUUAUAAAGGCCUGUGUUUUGGGAGCAGAUGAUCAUUAUGCAGUAAAAUGUCCACUCAACAUUUUCUGGUCUGAUUGAACUUGAAGGAGCACAAAAGCGCAUUCUCGGUCAGACAUGUAUCUCAUAUAAAGGACAGACUUUUGCAUGGAAACCUUCUUUUACGUCAGCACAAUCAAUUGCCAAAUGUCAGUGUAAAAAUCAGAUGGUUUCAGUGUGACAGUGUCCUGUUGUAGUGGUGUUACAGUAGUCCGAAGGUGAUUUAAAUGCAAAUCCAUUGUCACAGUAUGUAUAAAUUUUAUACUUUAUGAAAAGAGUAUUCAGAAUUUUGUUCCUGAUAUUUGUAAAACUGAAGAAUUGGGUAUACUCAGAUUGUAUGUUAACUGCUAUAUUUUGUGCAUUCCUGAAUAAAUGGUUAAGAUUUA